AUAGAGGAGAACAUAGAGGAGUUCUGCAAGAAGCUGAUGGGAAAGGCUGGUGAUGAGUCGAUGGAGUUCAAUGACAUGUUCUGGGCUGUUCAUCCAGGGGGACCUGCGAUUCUGAACCGUCUGGAGACAAAACUAAAGCUGGAGAGAGAGAAGCUGGAGAGCAGCAGAAGGGCGUUGGUGAAUUACGGGAACGUGAGCAGCAACACGAUACUGUAUGUGAUGGAGUAUAUGAGAGAUGAGCUGAAGAAGAAAGGCGAGGCCGCACAAGAGUGGGGACUUGGCUUAGCAUUCGGACCUGGAAUCACCUUCGAAGGCCUUCUCAUCCGCAGCCUCACCUCUCCCUGAGUAAUUGUGGCGAAACAAAAUACAUAUAGAUAUGGAAUUUUACAUUUGGUUACAUAUAUAAACUUAUUGUAAGCAUGAAA